GUGUCAGUAUUUACGUCGCGGACUGGCUUGUGUUUGGCUGUUUCUUGCUCAGGAAUACAAUCCUAGUGCAUCAAAAGUUACUGCUGAUAUUGAUAAGAAAGUCUUAACUGUAAGGGAUUCUUAUAAUUUUAAGGAAAACAACAGAAAUAUGCAUCGGCACGACUAAUCAAACAAAAGUUUGCGUGUUUCCUUCUGUAAAAUUGGUAUCGAAGAUGGAACACAUGCUGAAAGAAUCACAGUGGAGAGGUGUCAUCCUUGACACAAUUAAGGAAGAACUGAAGAACAGUUAUCGAGACUUGCUUAAACCUGAGGUGGACCCAAGAAAACUGUGGAUUUGCGUGGCAGAUGAAGAGGAUGAUGUCCACAGUAGGAAGAAGAAAAGAAAGAUUCCGAAGGCACCAAAUCCGAACAUUGGUGUACGUAACCUGGUAAUACACAUUCAUAAUACAUCGGCAUCCACCUGCUGUAUACGUGCGGACCAUGGCGCAGGGAGAUCGACACUAGCGCACCACUUGGCAUAUACAUGGGCAACCGGAGAAGACGACAUACCGAAGCUUGAGACCUUCGAAGCAGUAUUCCUGGUAUCUGCAAGAAGCAUUGCUGGUGAACUUGGUUACAUUUCUGAGAUGUCUAGUACGUAUGAGGAGCAAAGGGAAUCCGACGAUGAUAUACGAAAUACUCAUGAUGAUGCAUAUCUUUCUGAAGUUGAGGAUUUACGACUAAACUCAAAAACACCUAUUAAAGAGUUUGGUAACCGACAUGCCGAUGAAUGUCUAUCCAUUUCUGGCGGAGAAAAAGAUGAAAUUGUGCCUUUUGUCUCACGUAGGUCACAAAUGGAGAAGGCAAUGCAUGUCCUCAUAUCAUCAUUACUGCCCAUGUCUACUGCUAUUCAUGGGCCAAAUGCCGUGUCUGACUGCGUAUCAACAAUGAAUAUUUUAUUAGUUAUCGAUGAUGCAGAAGACAUUCAACUACAUGGAUUAGAAUCCCUCCAGCAUGUAUUGAGGUGCAUGCGUGGAUCAGAUACUACAAUUAUCCUGAUGACGGAUCCCGCUGGAUAUAAACGAAUUACUCAGGCUGGGAGUUCCAAGAAUCUCAUUAAACUUGAUCUGUGUGGAUUAGGUCGUAUUGAUAUUGUUGAGGAAGCCAAGGCGUACAUGGCUGCAAAAAAAUCAAAAAUAGGCAUGGAUUUACAUGGCUCACCCUCCAUUAUCGAAAUGGUGCUAGAUACAGACGAUUCACACUUACAAAAAAGAAGCCAAACGUGCACAGAAUUUAAUGAACUGUACUUUGCUUCCCAAGAUAAAACAUCUGAACAAAACAUUCAUAAACAAGGUAACGACGAAGUUAAAGAUGAACAUAUGCAUGCAAAUUCAGAUAUUUCAAAAGAGCAAGCCAAAAUGAAUUCCAGUACAUUUUUUAACCUCCUGACAGGCAAAAACUUUGUACAUAAAUCAGGUCAUGAAAAAUAUGAGGCAUGUGGUCGGCCAAAAGGAAUUGUCGACUUUAUCUCGAGAAAUAUGUGCCGACUUGAAAAGGUAUUAAGAUUUCCUGAAAUGCUGAUAAGGACUUGUGACAUGUACAUAGAUGAUUCUGAUUUGUUUGAUGGACUCACAACAGCUACGGAUUUACUUUGGACUCUCGUACAUUGGGAAGGGGUUAAUGCUUCUUCCUCUUCUCAUCUAAAUGAGGACUUUCAAUAUUUUUCUAAUUAUCCUGAUAAUUCUGCACAUGUUAUUAGUGAAUCUACAAAGCCUCUAGUUGAACAUUUAAUGUCACGUGGAAAUUCUGAAGAUAAUUUUGAGAAUGACCUCAUCAACUCUGAUUGUUUGGUAUAUCCUAUCAAAUCACCGAGACAUUCUGGUGAUGUUUCAGAAUUUGCUCAGACAGAGAGAAACCACAAAGAAAUGGACCAAAAAUUUCAAGAGAAAAUGUAUAAUUGGCUUAUAUUUCUCGGUGAAAAGUCUCUUAUUCAUUUCAUAGAUAAUGAAAGAAUGGAAGGGGAUCAUAUUAAAGAACUGGAAACUGAAACAGAUGAAAUGUUCGGUCAUUGUAUUGCUGAACGCCUUUUGAACCGGAUUUUUAAGUCACGAGAUUUUUUUGCAAUUUCAAGUGAUUUAAAAAAUGUGGAAGCUUUUGUGACAAAGCAUUUGCAUGCAUAUAAUUCUGACGAUGAUACAUUAGAACUUGAAACACCUCAGCGCCAGGCUAUGAUUGCAGAUGGUAUUUCUCUGAACGCAACGCCCACCAAUGAAAAUUCUAUAAUCACGAGUACGUCUCAUUGCAAUGCACGAGACUAUGAAUCAGCUUCUGAAGAAGUCAAAAGCACAGAACCUAAAUUUUCUAACAGAGAUAAUACUGAGAACUCAGAGUUUGCUAUUGAUCUUGUUCUUCCUGAUCCUGAGCACUCUGAAAACCAUAGAAUGGUAUAUUUUCAUCAUUCCAAUGAAAUUUCUUCCAACUCUGACUUCUGUACGCUGGAGUGUUACGUUGAAAAUGACAGAAAUGCAGAAAACAAUGGGACUGGAUUUUCAAGUCAAGAUAUGAUUCAUACUCAAGAUGAUUCACAUUCUUCAACAUUAUGGGACGAAAUUUUGGGAGAUGAAAAUUUUCAGCAUCUUAAUGUUAUAAAUUCCAAUGACCAGCCGGAAUUUUUAGGAAGCAAAUCCUUUCAGAAUAAUAAAAUCAUGAAUCAUGAAUCUAAGGAUGUACCUAUAAGCAAACCAUUGCAUUAUGGAUGCAAUGGUGAAUCCCAUAACCCAGUAGAAACACUAGUAUCUGAAAAGUUCUUACAGGACAACCAAGAAAUGAAUCCUGAAAUAGAAAGAAAGGACAGCUUAGAGAGUGAAAAUCCUGCAUAUCCAGGUUACAAGGAACUGGAUGAUUUUAGAUCACAAAAUGAAAAUGGGAUAAAGGAUGAUAGCUUAAAACAUCAAAUAAGUAAAACUGAAGCUGAAGAAAUAGUGAAUUUGCCAGCAAAAAAUUUUGUAAAAGGUGAGAAAAUUCUGAGAGAUAUUAGAAGCUUAAGCAAAUGUAGCGAGUGUGAUGGCAGUCUAAGUUCAGAGGGUACUGAGUUUGAAUGCGAAUCUCAUAUUGAACAGGCUUGUCUUCCUGUAGAUCUCAUAGAAAAAGAUGUUGUUCAUUAUGAAAAAAAUGAAUCUCAACUACACCAAAACAAUGAAGAGAGAAAUAUUUUAGAUGAUGAUUCAAAUUGUUUUAAUGAGCGUUCUAAUAAGCUGCAGGCAAGUACAGUUUGUUGUCUUACCAUAUCAGAUAACCAGAGAGCUGAAAAUUUUGCUUCAGUCUCUGAAGACAGUCAGAGUUUUGCAAAAAGUCAUACGAGUAUAUCUCAGAAUGAAGUCUCACAAGAAAAUUAUCCAACGAAUAUAGGUUUUAUGGCCAAAGAAGAUCCAAAGUUUCAUAUGGAAGAGUCUGAUGAAACAUUAUCUCCAAGUUCAAAAGAAAACAUUAACGGAAGAGCAAAUCACCUCGAAUUGAUAAGAAAACAAACUUUAGAAAAUGAAUGGACAGAUGAUACUGACCUUCAAAAGAAAGUUAGUAAGCAAACAGACGUAUCUUGCAAUAAAACACAUGAGCAUAUUAUAAAUAGUAAUACAAAAAUAACAGAUCAGAAGUUACUGCAUGAUGAUGAGGGCUUGAGUAACGAAGAAACCUUAUGCAAUGAUAAAGUGACUAAUGAACAAACAGGAGUUGAAGUACUACUGUCAGAACAACAUCAGAUCCAGCGGCAGCAACUGCAGCAACUACAGCAACACUACCACUACCACCACCAACAGCAACAGCAACAGCAGCACCAGCAGCAGCACCACCGCUACCACGACCAACAACAACAGCAGCAGCAGCAGCAGCAGCAACAACAACAACAACAACAACAACAACAACAACAACAACAACAACAACAACAACAACGACAACAACAACAAGACGUGGAGAAACAAAAACAAUAUGGAGAGCAAGAAAAACAUGAACAACAGCAACAGCAUUUACCUGUUAAUGACAAUACAGAUGCUAUUCAACAAAAUCGUUCAAUAAAUGAAACUGAUGAUAUUAAGGAUGAGCAGCUACUGACAGAUUUGCUUAGGGAUAAAGGAUCAAAACCGGAACAAAAAUAUAAGCAGAACCAACUCCAAAAUCGAAUCACAAACAUUUUACAAAGCCUGAGGAACCGAGCUUCCUUAUCCCCGUCACCUGUACGUACUACUAGAAAUCCACUCAUGACGCAGUUCCUCGCAUCAUGGUACUUAAUUCACGAAAUUCAAUCAGGACGUAGCCUUGCAUCUCUUACAAAGGGUUCUCGUUGUUGUCUAAGACAGUUGUGCAUAUUCGCCGCUGGACUAGUAAAUCGCAUCCGCAAACUGGUCGGAUACAAUACAGAACUAAACCGUCAGCGGUUAGUCAAUUCAUUGAUCAAUUACCGAUCAGACAGCUCAUACGACUUGCCAUUUAAUAUGGAUAUAGUGGCAGAAUUUAAAUCUUAUCCAGAUUUACUCUCAUUCACUGUUGAAGCAUCUGAGUAUCCAGACGAAUGGCAUUUAAGUCUGUACGAGAUGCAGGUCAUUCCGCUCCAGGCUCUCCUACUCAACGUAUCGCCAAGCCGCAUAUUUCUAAAUGUUGAAGAGAUCCGACCAUAUUCUGAGGAAAGCCGAGUGCUGGAAUUUCUGCCAAGGGUAGAAAUCCUAGUAUGGCUAGAUAGUAGAUGUCAGUUUGAUUAUGGCAACGAAGACAGAAUGGAUAAGAUCGUUGCAUCGUUCACUGUUCACGUAGUUCUGGCCAAAGUGGAGUUGGUGUCCGGAUGCCUCAUUCACCGCACGCUCGUGGACUUGCCGUCUCAUACCACCUAUAAGAACCUAGUGUACCUUAAACUGCGGGUGCUGGAUAUACACUCACUGUCCUCCCUGCUGUGCAUUGACCGCAAACUAAAGUCUUUGUUGUGGGUGGAAGUAAAACUUGACUUCGACUGGAUAUCGGAGGAUGAAGCCCACAUUAAUAGCUUGCCUCGCUGUUCUGUGCCUCUCUUUGAUGUUUACCUUCGAGGUUGUGCAGACGAGCAUGUAGUGCGAAUGUCCACUAUUCUGAGUCUUAUGCAUCAGCGCUACUCCGGUAUUCACUUGGAAUCCACAUCGCUUACACCGGAGGGCGUUUACGUGCUCUUAAAGCAACUUAAGCAAAAGGAGAUCCGUCUCUACUCUCAUCCAACCGCCCGACAAAAGUUCCGUCGAUGGUAUUACCCACAACUUGCUGAUGAACCAGCUCCAUCCGACGACCUAGCGCGGCAGAGGCUUGGUUAUGACGAUCGAGUAUUCUACAGCAAUCACUUUGUCGAAUCCAGCACGUACGCCUCAGCGAUAGAUGCAUGGAACCUUACCUCCUUUCUGGAAGAAGAAGAGAGGAUAGUCCAUUUUGUAUAUACGACUGAAAAUCUCAAAUUUGUAAAAGGACUAAAUGGUCGUGUUGAGGCAAAGAGGAUAAACGAAUGAUAAAGCUGAGUCUGCAUUGUGAGAGACAGAAUCUUUACAUUUUUUCGUGUAGGUAAUUUUGUUUGUCUGCCUAUAUGUCUGUGUAUUGUGAUAUCGAUCGGUAUAAACUUCAGAAAGUCUAAUGUGAGAUGCCAUACAUGAUAAAAUUACAUUUCAUAAAAGACAAAGGCGUGUUGAAAUCUAGCCAAUAGCCCAGGAUGAUUAUUUCUUCUCAGUUCGGCAAAUCCCGAAGAACUUACAAAUCAAUGAAGUCUAACUAGAUCGUUCACACGGUGUCCGAGAGGCAAAUUUUCAUACUGUAGCGUUUCACCGUUUGCCUGCACUCCUAAACCGUUCAGCGUUGUUUAUUCUAGAAUAAUGUACAAGUCUAUGGAGAUCAUUAACAUCCUGGUCACCAAGCACAUGAUCACUCUCUACUUGACGUCUUCCAUCUGCAGAAAACGUAAGAGAACAAGCCCACUGAAAGUGAGCCUUAGGAAAAAAAAUCUUUAAAAGACUAACAUCACAACCUAUGUAGAGUUUCAUAUAUUUCAUCAACCAAACUUAAGAAAAAAAAUAAUAAAAUAAAUAAAUAAAUAGCUACUUCAUGCUCUCAUUAGUUUUAGCAGAAUUUUUCUGUAGUUUAUCAAGAUAUUGACACUGAGGUUAAGAUUUUAAGACUAACGUAUACCGAAGCUAUUUGGCUAGCUAUACCCACCUCUGAAUAUUAGACCCAUGCCUUUAUAUAUAUAUAUAUAUAUAUAUAUAUAUAUAUAUAUAUAUAUAUAUAUAUAUAUAUAUAUAUAUAUAU